AUGGACAUUGGAUACAAUGCGGCGCGAAUCCUUUAUCUUCCCUUCGAGUUGUGGGGCUCAGUUUGUCAAUGGCUUAAAAAGGACGAUAUUAGGAGCACACGCCUAGCGUGCAGACUCUUCAAUGAGGUAGCGUCCCCGUUCCUAUUGCAACGGGUAUGGAUAUCUUCAAGUUCCGAGGACCAGAAGACUCUGACAGCUAUUUCGCUGCAUCAAGUAUUCAGCAAGUACGUCAAGGAGAUAUACUACGAUAGCACUAUAUACGACCCAGAUCUACUCACCAUUUUCAACGAUGAUAGGUCUUAUGGAAAAUAUAUACGCAGAUUCCUAAAAAAUAGAUCGAGGACCAUCUGGCCGAAGAACGCAUUACGAUAUGCUAUUUCUCAGUAUAAGGUGAGAUGCAAAGAACAGAUUGAGCUCCAAGCCUACGAGGGAGCGCACCUAACGCGGUCAUCAGACGCUCCGCCUAAUUUUGGGUCUCUACUUACAGCCGCGAAAGGAAGCGAGGAAGUACCACAUCGCCUAGAUGUCGAUACAUUUGACAGGUUUUGGUAUCGUGGCUUCUACGUACUCACACAAGCAGCAUCAAUGUUGAACCUGAAGCAGCUUCGAUCAUUCGUCACUGAUAGUGCAAAGCAGGGUAUUUCAUACACAGUGCUAGAUAUGGCCAGCACAGAGCUUAUGCAUACUUGCAACGCCUUUCGACAUCUCGCAACUAUCAGCUUGCAGAUCGACACGCAAAAUGGUAAUUCCCAGUGGAAUUGGAUCAAGUUUUUGGGCGGUGGCAACGUUGCUCUAAUGCUCACUGCUGCCCAGGGCCUUAAGCAUCUGGACCUAGGGUUCGAUAUGCCUUACACCGAAAUUCGUAAGCUUGCGAAGCUGCUUGGACACCUUGCUUGGCCGUGUCUCCAACAUGUCGGCCUGAGCAACAUGAUCUUGGAGGAAGAUGAGCUCGUGGCUUUCCUUAAGAGGCAUAUCAGCACACUUGAAUCGAUCUCCCUGGACUACAUGAUUCUUUUCAAACACCACCCUCAAGAUCGCAUAUUUGGAGAUUGGACCCCAAAGUCAUGGAAAGGUGCAUUCCGAAGCAUGAGCGUACUGGCUCUGAACAAUCUUUGUAUUUCCAUACCUCUCAGCGACGGCGAACCAUGUUCAAUGCGAGGUUACUGGCAUGGUGAUGACCCCGCGAAAGUUAACCGCUUCCUGGCCUCUGGUGGAUACACAGGGUUUGCUGAAAAUGAACUUCAGUAUGAUCAGGAGCAGCAGCGACAAUGGCUCCAGGCACAGUGGGAGUAUGAAAAUUUGGAUCGAGAAUAG